AAACCCAAUUCUUUCAUCCGGAUCGGAUCGGGGACAAUGGACAACGGACAUGGGAUGCGAAUUGAAAUUGAUAGUGUUUUCUUUUCUUAACUUUCAUUUCUUUGACGAUAUGCUUCAAUAAUGCUUUGUGUGGUUCGCGGUGUGUUUCCUUGUUCUUUCACAUCAUCUCAGGUCUUUCGCAAGGCCUCCAAAACGACACAAUAGACUGCGACGAUUUCUCUUACCUGUAUUUCCUCCUUUCCUUCCCUUGCACUUGCCGGCGUCUCGGGCGCUACCGUCCUUCCCCUUCCCCCAUAUGUUUCCCACUUCUUCUUCCCCAUAUUUCACCCAUAUUCCACACAAUAGAUGGGUCGGUCGGUUAUCAUCUUUCUUAAAAACGAUCCACGGUUCUCGGAUCGUCAUGGACAGCCAUCGGUCAUACUUCGACCGGGUUGGGAGGGUGUCUUCGACCGGUCAUGUCGGGAGGGUGUCCGGGUUCCCCACGCUUUCCCUGGCCUUGUUUUAGAUAAAUAUCUUUCUUUUCAUGCUCUGAAACGGCCUCACCUCUUUCCAAAUUGCAUGGCUUGCGGCCGGGGCAUCGCCAUCCGCACGUUUCCCUUUCCAUUCUCUACCGACUCGUCGAAGCGGUUGGACUUGGUCGAUCGGCGGAUCUCGAGGAUGUUCAGUCGCAGGGACUUUUCGUUAUCGAGCAUCCAUACAUUCCAUCGACGGGCGGUCGGGAUUUACUUACGCUCGAACAUGGACGACUUCGGCUUAGAGAUAAGACUGGCGACUGUUACAAAGCAUCCACACAUACCAUGGUGUCAGAACGGGAGGAUUUUUAUCGCACUUCGGCACAGUGGUUGAGUUAAAAAGGAGAGGAAACGAUGCGGACGGUAUACAUCGGACUGGGGUGGG